AUGUCCGAUAUGAUAAGGGGACGCUCCUCAACAUGGAGCGGUGGAGCCCCUUUAACAAACGGUGAUCCUGAAGCCUCGAGGACCUUUGAAUAUGGUGACGCAUCUCUGACUUUGCACAGUACCAAUGCUUCGGCAAAUAAUGCGGCCACGUCACUUGAUCAGGGAACUGGUAAUAGUGGCAGUGGGACUGCCGCAAACUAUCACUGCUCACCUGUCACGAGUUCCCACACAGCAGCAGAACUCAGUUCUCAGGAAUUCCAAACAAAUCGCCGGCUUCUUGUGGAAAAAACACCGGAGUCAACCAAUUCUGAUUACAACCAAAACUAUUUUACUAACACGGCUUCUUCACCAUCACGAAAUUCAAGGGAAUGGAAUACCGGUAGUGGUGGUGCAGGAGGGUUUCAGUCAUCAAACUUUUCAGCCCUUUCUGUUGCAGCCUCGUCCCCAUUUUCUCACCAACCGGAAGGCGGUAGUGCUGGUUUACUAACUCCUUGUGGGGGUUAUGGCGGCUCCUCUCCCUAUACCAACGGUUCAUGUUGUCCGGAGUCAAAGAUUACCUGCCAACAACCGGGCCUACACUCAGGAUCACCAAGUUCCGUUGGAAGUCAACUUUCAGUUGCACAGCCAAAUAUUAUAAAUGCUUCUGGGGCUAUCAGUGCUAACUCGGUUGGAUCAACAACGGCUGGAUCAACAUCGGCUCCAAAUUCUGCCAAGCGGCCCGCUCGUAGAAAUCCUUGGGGCUCAGAAACAUAUUCAGAUCUGAUCGCCAAAGCCAUAGAGUCGUACCCGGAGAAACAGGCGACGCUACAGCAAAUCUACGAUUACAUCUCUACGAAUUACACGUAUUUCAGAGAAAGGAGUGAUCCCCCUGCUUCUGCUGGGUGGAAGUCAAAACAAUUCACCCACCCCACCACCCCCCUCCUCCCCGAGUGCGCGUGGACACGUUCGCGUCUGACACCCACACGCACGCAGCGAUUGUUGGCCCUCUCUCUCCCCACGUCGCGUCUCGUCGCUUCGCCCAAUUUGUUCCGUCAAGCGCGUAAACACAACUCCAUCCGACACAACCUUUCGCUCCACGACAAGUUCGUCAAGUGUCCCAAAGCCUCAGAGAGUUCCAAGUCUUCAUACUGGCGCCUGAACGCGAACUCACUGAACCGUCCCUAUGUGCGUCGACGGACCUGCUCCCUCGAUGCUCCCGGCAGUGCUGGCAGCGUCUCGGGCAAGAAGACCAAGUCGCGUCUCGGAGCUGGUGGUCCCUCGUCGGCCGCGAAACGCGCAGCCCAAAUGGCAACUGCUGGAGGCUCCGGUGUAAGAGGCGACACGAAGACCGGUGCCUACGGCGGGGACGAUAUUCUGGGCAGUCUGCCAGGCCGAUCUGCACGAUCUCACCUUGGUAGCCUUCCUUCUGGCAUUGCGAGUGCGUUUAGCAUACCUGGGGGCGACGGAGGAGGUGUGUUGGGGAUUAAACAGGAACCCACCAACAAUGUGAAUCCAUGGAGCGGCUCAAAUUCAGGAUUCCUCACAGAUCGGAAACCCACUUCUGAGGAAUUGAGUGCGCUAUGUAAAAUGCAUGGCAGUGAUUCUGUGAGUUCGAGCAACCUGAGUUUGAUGAGUGGCGCUGGAAGUAGCGGUGGCGGUUACGAGUUUCAGAUCCCUCGAGCACCCCCUUCCUCCUCCGCCCGCUCGAGUUUCUCCUCAGGAAUCGGUAGCGACAGAGGCUCCUCCUUCUUCUCACCUCCCCAGCCAAGCCGAUACCAGCAGGCCUUCUCCCACGAACAACGUUACGGCUCCAUCUGUGAUGCUUCUCCUACUUACGACCAGCUGACUGGCAUUCUUACCGGCUCAGCUGAAUGCCUCGACGGUGUCAGUGAUGGGGCCGAUGCGUUCCUCCGAGGCAGCUCAGACGACCCCCACCAACUUCACCACCAUCAUCACCAUCACCAGCACCCACCACCAACUCACGCUCCACCUCCACCAACAAACUCCCACCUCCACAACCUACUGAUGUGUGGAGAUGCCGGCCCAACACCGGCGUCUAUGAUGCAUGGAGGGAGCGACCAGCUUCUGAGCUCCCAGGACGCAAUGGAGCUGCGAAUCAGCCUUGAGAUCGCAAAUCGCGUUAAGUCGGGAGACAUGAGUGCCGUAUCUCAGUGGGCUGCGGUCGCGGCCUCGGCUGCGCGCACGGUGGAAAACGGAGUGUGA